AUGGCUGGGCGUGGGGGUGAUGCCGCCGGACACCAGGAGCGGCGGCGCCUGGCUGAUUCCUCAGCACAGGUUGUGUGUGUCUGCUGCAUGCUGUUUCCACCUCAAGCUUUGAAGUUGCCCUGUGAAAUUGUUGACACUUCACACUUGCCUGAAACUCUAAAAGCUUACUCCGCUCUGUCUGGUGUAAUGAGUAAUGCGGUGGAGUUGUCAUUCAGAUACCGUGAAUUUGUUACACUCCAAGUUUACACUGUGGCAGGUCAGGAUUCUUUGAGGAUCUUUUGUUCAGCUAGCAGGCAAGCGACCAUCCAUAGCAUUCCUAUCACUGUGCUGGGUUGCGCAUGGAUUCCCAAGGGGACAAUCUUACAGAUUUCCUUCAAACUAAUGGGCGUCAGAGGGGCAUUUGGUGAGGUCUACAAAGGAACACUAGAAGAUCAAUCCUCAGUUGCUGUAAAGAGAUAUAUAAAUGGGACCCAUAAAGAGGUGUUUGCCAAGGAGGUGAUAGUGCACUCUCAAAUAAACCACAAGAAUGUUGUUAGACUCUUGGGCUGCUGCACGGAGGAAAAUGCUCUAAUGAUUGUCAUGGAGUUUAUCUCCAAUGGGAACCUCAACAGCAUACUUCAUGGCAACAGCGCUAACGACGAAAAUUUUACACCGAAGAUAUCAGAUUUUGGAAUUGCAAGACUCCUUUAUGCUAAUGGCCUCCAGCAAACUUCCACUGUCAUUGGUUCCAUAGGGGAGGAUGUGCAGCGCAUGUUUGAUGAGGAAAUCAGUGUUGCAGAAAACAAGAAGUUUCUUGCAGACAUUGGACAGUUAGCAGCUAAAUGCUUGCAGAGGGACGUGAAAACACGUCCUGAAAUGGUUGAAGUAGCUACUAGUCUAAGGAUGAUCAGGAAAGCCAUGCAGAGAGAGCUGGAUGUACUAAACCUUUAUGACACUAUCUGCUCCAUGGAAAAACUUCCUCUUCAACAAUGCCUGUUGAUAGCAGUCCAGUGUGCAGAGGGCCUGGUUCAUAUCCAUUCAUUAGCAGCUGAAAAUCCUGAUUCAUGUGGCACCAGCCUCUUAGGAAACUUCAGAUCUGCCAAUAUAUUUCUGGACAAGAACUUUGUGCCAAAAAUCUUCAAUGUGAACUUGUCAACAUUUCUUGGACUUUCUGUUGCACAGAAAAAUAUUGUGUUUCCUAUUCAUGACAAUGGACCAGAAAAGUAUUAUUCAGACCCAAGGGAUGUUUCUGGUCAACUUUUUAACGAAAAAUCUGAUGUAUAUAGCUUUGGAGUUGUUCUUUUAGAGCUCAUCACUUGGAAGACAGUGAGAUACAUGUACCAUGGUAGGGCUCAUGUGCUUACCACAGACUUCCUUGAUUCUUAUAGGAGAGACCGUAAUGCAAUUGGAAUUUUUGGCAAGGUUUGUGAUUAUUCUGAUGAACAUGGAGGGUACUUUGUUCAUGAGGCCAUUUCCAUUGCCAUCGAUUGCUUACAACCUGAUAUUCAAAUGAGGCCAGAAAUGGAUCAUUUACUUUUCCGUCUCCGGAUCAUUGUUGCUAGAAGCAAACUUGCUGCUGGUAGUAAACUUCAUCCAACUCUCAUAUCAACCAUUUCCAUGGAGGAACUGAAUGAAGUUCCGACCAUUUUAAGAAUGUGUUACCAUGACAAUGUUGUGCAAUUUCUUGGAUGUUUUCUUGAAGGGAAAACUCGUGUUCUUGCUUAUGAGUACGCCCCAAAGGUCUUGACAGCGAAGACGGACAAGAACUACGGCCGCCGGUUCUACAUUUGUCCAACUCGAACAGGAGAAGGUGCUGGUUGUCCAUUUUGGGAGUGGGAAGAGGGGUAUGAGCAAUACUUGGUUGACAAUAAAUUGGUGCCUUUAGAUUAUCAAUCUGUUUUCGAGUCUACAAAGUUGCCGCAGCAAGUCCUAAUUGUCGAAAACAAGGCGAACUGUGGAGAAUCAAGCCAGGAAGAACAACUUAAGCAGCUUAGGGAGAUAGUAAUGCUGCGGAAAUGUUUGAUUCUUGUUUGUGGACUUGUGUUAGUUAGCAAUUUGUAUGCAAUUGUCAAGAGUGGGUGA